CUUGAACACCCCCAGCUCCGUCGCGAAGUAAUUACGUCAGGAGUUGGUGUCUUGACGCUUGCGUACUGUGGAACCAACGCUGAUGCAAGAAAUUUUCGGCGCAGCAGUGAGAUCGACUGAUUAAAAAGUAUAUAGAUAUUUGUAAUUCUUGAGCUCGCAACCAUGUCAGGAGACGAGAUGAUUUUCGAUCCCAACAUGACCAAGAAAAAGAAGAAGAAGAAGAAGCCUUUCAUGCUGGAUGAGGAAGGAGGAGAGGGAAUGGGUGGAGAAGAGGCUAGAGAGGUGGAAGCGAAGGAGACAGAACCAGAAGCUGGAGAGGACAAGGAAAUGGAUCUAGAUGAAGAUGAAGGCAGGAAGAAAGAGCCAUCUGAUGAUUUGAAUGACCUGAACUUCUUCAACCAGAAGAAAAAGAAGAAGAAACCCAAGAAAGUAUUUGAUAAUGAUGUUGAGGAGGGAUUAAAGGAGCUGAAAAUUGAAGGAGAGCAGACAGAGGUAUUCGAGGAAGACAACCUGGACCUGAUGCUUCCAACCAAAAAGAAAAAGUCAAAGAAAGUGGACUUUGACGAGGGAGAGAUGCUGGAGAAGGACGAUGCGCUGGAGGACGACGAGGGGAAGAACAGCGAUGGAAUCUCUUUUAGCUCCUUGACAGGACCAGCAUGGGCCGGCUCUGAAAGAGAUUACACCUAUGAUGAGCUCCUGAACAGAGUCUUCAACAUCAUGAGGGAGAAGAACCCUGACAUGGUGGCCGGCGAGAAGAGGAAGUUUGUGAUGAAGCCUCCUCAGGUGGUCCGAGUGGGAACGAAGAAAACCUCUUUUGUCAACUUCACAGACAUCUGCAAACUGUUGCAUCGUCAGCCUAAACAUCUUCUCGCUUUCCUGUUGGCUGAGCUGGGAACAAGUGGUUCCAUAGAUGGAAAUAACCAGCUUGUGAUCAAAGGAAGAUUUCAACAGAAACAGAUAGAAAAUGUGUUGAGAAGAUAUAUCAAGGAAUACGUGACAUGUCACACCUGCCGCUCCCCAGAGACCAUCCUGCAGAAGGACACUCGUCUUUAUUUCCUGCAGUGCGAGACGUGCCACUCCCGUUGCUCCGUCGCCAGCAUCAAGACUGGCUUCCAAGCUGUGACCGGCAAGAGGGCGCAGCUCCGCGCCAAAGCCAACUAAAAGGGGCCUCCAUACCUGGGCACUCCCACCUCCCUCUGCCUCCGCUCUCCCCUCAGAAGGGCAGAUGCUGGGGUUGGAUGCCCCCUUGAUUCGCUAAAAGGACUCUGAAUCGGGAGGGUUUUUCUUUUCUUUAGUUCUGUCAUGGCCUGACCAGGCAGGGAGUGAGAGAGUAUCUCAAGCAGACAGAUGCAGAUGCUGUGUAUCACAUACACUUUGGAUACAUGUGAUCGGUUGGCUGGCUGAAGAACCCUCCACAUCCUACGUUUUUUUGUUGUUAGUUUGCUGUGAUUCUUGAUUCCUGCAAGAAACCCUGAUUAACAUGGCUUGAACAUUCCUCAUUUGUUCUUCUCCCACUUUUCAUACACCAGACAUAUUUCUUUGCAUAAGGAAUACCUUUCUCCAUGCAACCAGCCAAAUUGUAAUUAAGUUGGUUUAUAGUAACUGAACUUGGCUGCUCUGGUAUGUGUAGCCUUCUGGCUCAUGGCUACUUGAUUCUGGAACUCAGCAUAGCUUAAGCUGAAGGUUGUGUUCCUGAUUUUGGUCUGGCUUUAAAUCACAAAACUGUCAGUCCAGAUGUGUUUAUCAAAGGUAAAAAUGAAACUCAUACACAGGAAGAUUUGUCAGUCUUACUAUUCUGUGACAAACUUCUAACACAUUGUUUUAUUACAGAAGAAGACCCCAGGGUCAAACUACUAGGGCUGGAGCACCUGCUUACUGAUGACUUUAAUAAAGAGGUUGUGUGAGACAGAGAAAUUGUUUUGAGCUUUUAUGCAUUGUGCUUUUAUGCAUCCUUUGUGCAACAAUUGUGCACUUUUUCUUUGACUUCAGAAGUAUAGAACAACAUGCUCUCUCAAUUAUUGAAUAUUUGAUUAAAAGUAUGAAAAUUAAUGUUGCCAAGAAGAGCAGAGUUCUAGCACUAUGUCAGUCCCCUAAACACCCAAAGGCUUUUCUCUAAAAGCAACUUCAGAGCAGGCACCUCAGAUCAUUCUCCUCUCACAGGUCAUUAUUUACAUUACUGGAUAUAUGACAGUGGUGGUUCUUCUUGUUUGAGAAGAAUGAUGAGGUCUAGCUGGAAGAACUUUAAAACCUGGUUUUUACAAAAAUAAAAUAUUGUACUCUCUCUA